AUGAAAAUGGCAAAGACACACCAAUUACUAGUGGUAGGGAGUUCUUGGGGAGUUAGAAACACCUUUCAUUCUCUUGUAGCCAUCUUAACCACUCUUCUAGUUGUCACCACCAUUUAUCUAAAACAGGAUGGAGGACAAUUAUCUCAAAAUUUAAAUGUCUCUAAUGACACGUUAUCAUCAAACAAAUGUGACUUGUUCUCUGGUAAGUGGGUUUUUGAUAACGAAUCUUAUCCAUUAUACAAAGAGCAGCAAUGCACUUUCAUGUCAGAUCAGUUGGCUUGUGAGAAAUUUGGAAGGAAGGACUUGAGUUACCAGAAUUGGAGGUGGAAGCCCCACCACUGUGAUCUUCCCAGGUUCAAUGCCACAGCAUUGCUUGAAAGGCUAAGGAACAAGAGGCUUGUGUUUGUGGGGGAUUCACUCAACAGAGGUCAAUGGGUUUCAAUGGUUUGCCUUGUUGACUCUCUACUGUCCCCAACUCUCAAAUCCAUGCAUUCCACUGCCAAUGGUUCACUAAAUAUUUUCAAGGCCAAAGAAUACAAUGCAACCAUUGAGCACUACUGGUCCCCAUUAUUAGUAGAAUCAAACUCAGAUGAUCCAGUAAAUCAUAGGGUACCAGAAAGAACUGUCAGAAUCAAGGCCAUUGAAAAGCAUGCCAAGUACUGGACUGAUGCAGACUAUCUUGUUUUCAACACAUACCUCUGGUGGAGAAGGCCUAUAAUGAAUGCUUUGUGGGGAUCAUUUGGAGACCCAGAUGGUGUGUACAAAGGAGUUGAAAUGUUGAGAGUAUAUGAAAUGGCUUUGAGGACUUGGUCCGAUUGGUUGGAAGUUCACGUCAAUCGUAGCAAGACCCAUUUGUUUUUCGUUAGCAUGUCACCCACUCAUGAAAGGGCUGAGGAAUGGGGAGCAGCUAAGGGUGACAAUUGUUACAAAGAAACAGAAAUGAUUGAUGAAGAAGGGUAUUGGGGGAAAGGAUCUGAUCCUAAAAUGAUGCGUGUGGUGGAGAAGGUGAUUGAUGAUUUGAAAGAAAGAGGUUUGAAUGUUGAAAUGCUUAACAUCACACAGCUCUCAGAAUAUAGAAAAGAAGGCCACCCAUCUAUCUACAGGAAGCAAUGGGAACCUCUAACGCAAGAACAGAUAUCGAAUCCAAAUAGUUAUGCAGAUUGCAUACAUUGGUGCCUCCCUGGAGUGCCUGAUGUAUGGAAUGAACUCCUUUAUGCUUAUAUUUUUCAACAAUGA